UGCUGCGUGGGUCCAGCAACAACCAAAUCAGCGGAUCGGCUGAGCCCACCAACGCUCCAGCUUCGCGUGCACCCCUUAGUCAUGAUGUCGAAACAUUUAAAUACUCCAGAGUCCCACCUAGCCUUCCCCAUUGACCCUUUUGCUCUCCAUCCUUUCCCCAGAACCUCGCAUUUCGUUUUGACGCGCCUGACGUGCAGGUGAGCUCACGCGAAUUCAAGGGAGCUUCAGCACCAACCACCACCGACCUCUGAUCUCGACAAUCGAUAAGCUUUUCGCCGACAGAAGGAGAGAGCAGCAACCAUGUCGGUCUCUGCAGCGCUGAAGGCUAGGGUCAGGAGACCUAGUUAUCUGAAGAAGAUUGCGAAAGCGGAGGAUCUGAUUCACCACUUUCCCAAUGAUGCAUACAUUGGCUGGUCUGGAUUCACAGGUGUCGGCUACCCAAAGAAGAUCCCAAUUGCCCUCGCAGAACAUGUCGAGAAAAACAACCUCCAGGGCAAACUCAAGUACAAUCUGUUCGUCGGUGCAUCGUCUGGCGCAGAGACUGAGAACCGAUGGGCGAGAAACAACAUGAUCAACCGCCGAUCGCCGCAUCAAGUCGGCAAGGACAUCGCCAAGGGGAUCAACAACGGCAACAUCAAGUUUUGGGACAAGCAUCUGAGUAUGUUCCCUGUGGACCUGAUGUACGGAUUCUACACCCUCGACAAGCCACAGAACCGUCUGGACGUCACCAUUGUGGAAGCAUCUGCGAUCACAGAAGAUGGUGGUAUCAUUCCCGGUGCAUCAGUAGGCGCAACACCCGAACUCGUUCAGAUGGCCGACAAGAUCAUCAUUGAAGUAAACACCGCCAGUCCCAACUACGAGGGUCUUCACGACAUCACAAUGACAGAUCUGCCACCUCGCCGAAAGCCGUACCUUGUCAUGUCUCCCGAGGACCGUAUUGGUACACCUCACGUCCCAGUUGACCCUGAGAAGGUUGUUGCCAUCGUCGAGAGUGACUACGCCGAUCAAACGCAGCCCAACACUCCUGCGGAUGCCACCUCGAAGGCCAUUGCUGGUAACCUCAUCGAGUUCUUGGAGCACGAGGUCAACAAGGGACGACUACCCGCGAACCUUCUCCCUCUCCAGUCCGGCAUUGGUAACAUUGCGAACGCCGUCGUUGAGGGUCUUGCGACCGGAGGUGCCAAUUUCAAGAACCUGAAGGUCUGGACUGAGGUCUUGCAAGACUCUUUCCUUGAUCUGUUCGACUCUGGCAAUCUUGACUUCGCUACUGCGACAUCGAUCCGUUUCUCGCCUGAGGGAUUCGAGCGUUUCUACAAGGGCUGGGAGGACUAUGCACCAAAGCUACUACUCCGUUCGCAGCAGGUCUCGAACUCGCCUGAGAUCAUUCGCCGUCUUGGUGUGAUUGGUAUGAACACCCCCGUCGAAGUCGACAUCUACGCCCACGCCAACUCGACCUGCGUCAUGGGCUCCCGCAUCCUAAACGGUCUCGGCGGCUCAGCCGACUUCCUCCGCUCCGCCAAAUACUCCAUCAUGCACACACCCUCCACACGCCCGUCCAAGAACGACCCUACCGGAGUAUCCUGCAUCGUGCCUAAGGUAACGCACGUCGACCAGACCGAGCACGAUCUCGACGUCAUCGUCACCGAGCAGGGUCUCGCCGACGUCCGCGGCAUGUCUCCCCGCGAGCGCGCCAGAGUCAUCAUCAACAAGUGCGCGCACCCUGACUACAAGCCGAUCCUUCAGGACUACUUUGAUAAGGCGGAGUUCGAGUGUCUGAGGAAGGGAUGGGGUCACCAGCCGCACUUGCUGUGGAAUGCGUACGAUAUGCACAAGCACUUGAAUGAGCAUGGUACUAUGAAGUUGCCGAAGUGGGAUUACACAGAUGCUGAGGCUGGUAUGCGAUAAACGGCGAAGGGUGGAUAUCAAUAGUACUGUAACAAACCGAAGGAACAAGUUAAGAAUUCAAGAUGUGAGCUCUCUAAAGACUGUGGAUAAUGUGAUGGUAGUAUGAACAUCCCUUCUUAAUAGGAUGUUGUCUCUGGAGACGUUCAGAACACUAAGCGAAUUCAAGCUGGCAACUAAGUCGCCGCUGGCGGUGGUUACUUUACCUCGCCGCAUUUCCUAUAUCCAUGCAACAACCUUAGGAGGGCGUCGCAUUGAGAUCCACGACUCCCGAGCAGUUAAGACGGCCGUCAGAUGC